GCGGUGGUCUCUUCCAUCUGCACAGCCAGGGCCACGGGGAGGAGAAGCCAUGACCCUCACCCUCAUGACCCUGCUCUGCCUUGGGCUGAGUCUGGGUCCCAGGAUGCCAGUGAAGGCAGGGACCCUCCCCAAACCUAUCAUCUGGGCUGAUCCAGGCUCUGUGAUUGCCUGGUGGAGGCCUGUGACCAUCUGGUGUCAGGGGACCCUGGAAGCCCAGGAGUACUGCCUGGAUAAAGAGGGAAGUGCAUCGCCGUGGGACAGACAGAACCCACUGGAUCCUAGGGACAAGGCCAAGUUCUCCAUCCAACAUAUGACAGAGCAAUUUGCAGGGAGAUAUCGCUGUUACUAUCUCAGCCCCACUGGCUGGUCAGAGCACAGUGACCCUCUGGAGCUGGUGGUGACAGGAUUCUACAUCAAACCCACCCUCUCAGCCCUGCCAAGUCCUGUGGUGCCCUCAGGGGGGCACGUGACCCUCCAGUGUGGCUCAUGGCAGAGAUUUGGCAGAUUCAUUCUGACUAAGGAAGGAGAACACAAGCCAAUCUGGACCCUGGACUCACAGCAACACCCCUAUGGACAGUUCCAGGCUGUGUUCCCUGUGGGCCCCGUGACCCCCAGUGACAGGAGGACAUUCAGAUGCUAUGGCUAUUACAUGAGCAAACCCCAGAUGUGGUCAGACCCUAGUGACCCCCUUGAGCUCAUGGUCUCAGGAGGCUCUGAGGAUGGACUCUCUCUCACCGAGUCACGCACUCCAAAGAGUCUCAAAUGGUACCUGAAGGUUCUGGUUGGGGUCUCGGUGGCCUUCGUCCUGCUGCUCUCCCUCGUCCUCCUCCUCUUCCUCAUGCGACACUGGCGUCAGGGCAAAAGCAGGAGGUCAGGGGCUGCAGACCCAGAGCCCAAGGACAGAGGCCUGCAGAUCAGCUCCAGCCCAGCUGCUGACGCCCAGGAAGAGACCCUCUAUGCUGCCGUGAAGGACACACAGCCUGAGGAGAGCGUGGAGCUGGACCAUCAGCAGGGCCCCCAUGAUGAAGACCCCCAGAGAGUGAUGGAAGCCCAGGUGAUCCACUCAAGAUCAAGACUUAGACAGAGAGUGUACAUCUCUCCUUCCCCCCUGUCAGAAGAAUCACUGGACAUGAAGGACAGACAAGCAGAAAAUGACGGACAGAGGGACAGACAGGCUACUGUGUCUGAAGACCCUCAGGACGUGACCUACGCACAGCUGAACCACUUGACCCUCAGGCGGGAGACAACAUCCUCUUCCUCCCAGUCAGAGGAACCCCCAGCAGAGCCCAGUGUGUAUGCUGCUCUGGCCAUCCACUAGUCCAGAAAGGACCCAGAUGCACCCUCCAGGGAGAGAGACUGCAGGGACUCCAAAAGGCACAGGAGCUGCCCCCAAAGGACACCUCCUAAUGACCCCCAGCCAGCCAGACUCCUAACAUGGACCACCAGGACCUUCUGGGACACUUUGGGAGUCACCUGAUUCUGCCGUCAAAGAUAACAGAUAUCCUCACAUUAUGGAAAUAAAGCAGCAGACUUCUCAGUAAUCUAUAGUUUAAUGAGAAAUCCAAAACAUGAGUGAGAGAAUGUUUUAAACAUGAUGGUAACGUAAAUAUUACCCAUCAAACGUAUGAAAUAGGAAAAUUCAGAACCAUGAAUAAAUGAAUAUAGUAGAAAAGAACAGCCUAAAGAAACAACGACCUAAGCUAUCAUAUCAAGAAUUUAGAAAAAGAAUAAUAUAUUAUUAGAAAUAAAGGUAGGAGGGAAAUAGUAAUGACAAGAGUAGCUACUAAUGAGGACAAACAAAUAAUAGAGAAAAGUCAUGAAAGCCAAAAAAAUUCAUUCUUGAAAACAUUAAUCACAUUUAUACAUCCCAGCCACAAUGCUCAAGGAAAAGAGAGAACUCAUACAUCAUAUCAUCAAGACAACAUUACAGAUCCUACAGACUUCAAAUAGGUAACUGAUCAUUAUGAUCAAUUUGAUGCCAGUAUAUUAGAAAAUGUAGAUGAAAUGGACAAAAUUUUCAAUGUACAAUUUAAAAAAUGAUGGACACAAAAAUAAAUAGAAAAUCUGAAUUGUCAUAGAUAUUAAAUAUGUUGAAUCUAUAAUUAAAAAUUUUCCCAAAAAGUGAA